AUGGCGAUCUUCCGCGCACUCCAUCCACUGGCGCUCCUCGCGUGUUUGAGCGCCGCGCGGGUCAUCGACUUGGAGAAGGACCUGGGCGCCAAACCAGAGGAUGCCAGCGAGGCCACUGAGCGCUUCAACGGGCAAAAGCUGAAUGAGUCCUUUGCACAGAUGCAGCCGGGUGAUCGACUGCUGAUCCCGGCCAAGCGCUUUCAUGUCAUGGGCGGCAUCCAGGCGAGGAAUUUGUCCGAUGUUGUGAUCCAGCUGGACGGCACGUUGGUCUUCUCGGAGCGCACCAAAGACUGGCCCCGGACGGCCACAGGUGGUGUCUUGGCCUGCAUGCGCUUCGAGAACCUCGUCAACGUGACCUUCACAUCGGCCGGCCGCGGGACCCUCGAUGGGCAAGGCGCUGCAUGGUGGGGCUUCAUCCGAUACUUGGUCCAUGAGGAGAACCGCCCGCGGCUAUGGGAGAUGUCACAGAUCAAGAAUGUCUUGGUGGAGCGCUUGUUCUUGAAGAACGCGCCCUACUGGACGACAUCUUUCGGUGGGGUGGAUGGCCUGGAGAUUCGGGAGUCGGACAUUUUGAACGAGAGGACCAAGCACAAGGGCCAUGAUGUCUACAACCUUGGAGCUUUGAACACAGAUGGCUGGGAUAUCUCAGGGACCAACGUGUGGGUACAUCACAGUAAGGUUUGGAAUCAAGAUGAUUGCUUCACAGUGAAGGGCACCUCCAGCAACAUGCUCUUCGAGAACAUCGAGGCCAGCGGACUGGGCCUGACGAUUGGCUCAGAGGGUGGCAACGACCAUGUGAGCAACAUCACCUUCCGGAACGUCUAUAUGGAUCGGACCUUCAAGGGCAUCUACAUGAAGUUUCGUGACGGCACGCCCGAGGGACAGCUGACCAUCAUCGAGAACAUUACCUAUGAGAAUAUCUACAUGAAGGAGCCGGAGCAAUGGGCCAUUUGGAUCGGCCCAGCACAACAAUCCGACUCCAGGGAGUUCUGGAAGGGCCACCCUUGCUCAUUGCUUUGGCCAGCGGUGCCGGGAGCUACUUGUUCUGCGGCCCAGAGGGGCCUCUACCGGAACAUCCUCAUUAAGAACGUCACCGUGGACAACCCCAAGAAUCAACCUGGCGUGAUCCUGGCCGACAAGGCCUACCCCAUGCAGAACCUCACCUUCGACGGGGUGAAGGUCAUCAAUUGGAAGGGGAACAAGAAGAAUCUUCAGUACAAGAUUUGUGAUGGGGUGGAUGCUACGGCGAAGGCCAUUGGCGGAACAGAUCCAGUGCCCUCGUGCUUUCCCCAAGCUGAGGCGGAAAGCUCCCUGCUCGUUUGA